AUGAUGAAGCCGUCCAUAGCUGAGAUGCUUCACAGAGGGAGGAUGCUGUGGAUAAUUCUUCUAAGCACAAUCGCUCUAGGAUGGACUACUCCAAUCCCCCUGAUUGAGGACUCAGAGGAAAUAGAUGAGCCCUGUUUUGAUCCGUGCUACUGCGAAGUUAAAGAAAGCCUCUUCCACAUACAUUGUGACAGCAAAGGAUUUACAAACAUUAGUCAGAUUACUGAGUUCUGGUCAAGACCCUUUAAACUGUAUCUUCAGAGGAAUUCCAUGCGGAAAUUGUACACCAAUAGUUUCCUUCAUUUAAAUAAUGCUGUGUCCAUUAACCUUGGGAACAAUGCAUUGCAGGACAUUCAAACUGGCGCUUUUAAUGGUCUUAAGAUUUUAAAGAGACUAUAUCUUCAUGAGAACAAACUAGAUGUCUUCAGAAAUGACACCUUCCUUGGCUUAGAAAGUUUGGAAUACCUGCAGGCAGAUUACAAUGUCAUUAAACGUAUAGAGAGCGGGGCAUUUCGGAACCUAAGUAAAUUGAGGGUUCUAAUCUUAAAUGAUAAUCUCAUUCCUGUUCUUCCAACCAAUUUAUUUAAGGCUGUCUCCUUAACCCAUCUGGAUUUACGUGGAAACAGGUUAAAGGUCCUCUUCUACCGCGGAAUGCUCGAUCACAUUGGCAGGAGCCUGAUGGAGCUCCAGCUAGAAGAGAACCCUUGGAACUGCACCUGUGAGAUUGUUCAGCUGAAGAGUUGGCUGGAGCGGAUCCCGUACACGGCCCUGGUGGGGGACAUCACCUGUGAGACGCCUUUCCAUUUCCACGGGAAGGAUCUCCGAGAAAUCAAGAAGACAGAGCUCUGUCCGUUGUUGUCUGACUCUGAGGUGGAGGCCAGUCUAGGGAUUCCCCACUUGCCAUCAAGCAAAGAGAACGCCUGGCCAACGAAACCUUCUUCAAUGUUGUCCUCUGUUCAUUUUACAGCUUCUUCUGUUGAAUAUAAGUCCUCCAACAAGCUGCCAAAACCCACCAAACAGCCCCGAACACCCAGACCACCAUCUACAUCCCAGGCUUUAUACCCUGGUCCAAAUCAACCUCCCAUUGCCCCCUAUCAGACCAGGCCGCCUAUUCCCAUUAUCUGUCCAACUGGCUGUACGUGUAAUUUGCAUAUCAAUGACCUUGGCUUGACUGUCAACUGCAAAGAACGAGGAUUUAACAACAUCUCAGAGCUCCUUCCAAGGCCCUUGAAUGCUAAGAAGCUCUACCUGAGCAGCAAUCUGAUUCAAAAGAUAUACCGCUCUGAUUUUUGGAAUUUUUCUUCUUUGGAUCUCUUGCACCUGGGGAACAACCGUAUUUCCUAUGUCCAGGAUGGGGCUUUCAUCAACCUGCCCAACCUGAAGAGUCUCUUUCUCAAUGGCAACGACAUAGAGAAGCUGACACCAGGUAUGUUCCGAGGUCUACAGAGCUUGCAUUACUUGUACUUCGAAUUCAAUGUCAUCCGGGAAAUCCAACCUGCAGCCUUCAGCCUCAUGCCCAACUUGAAGCUGCUAUUUCUCAACAAUAACUUGCUGAGGACCCUGCCAACCGAUGCCUUUGCAGGUACAUCCCUAGCUCGGCUCAACUUGCGGAAGAACUACUUCCUCUAUCUGCCAGUAGCUGGCGUCCUUGAACACUUGAAUGCCAUAGUGCAGAUAGAUCUCAAUGAGAAUCCUUGGGACUGCACUUGUGACCUGGUCCCCUUUAAACAGUGGAUCGAAACCAUCAGCUCAGUCAGCGUGGUAGGUGAUGUACUGUGUAGGACCCCCGAGAACCUCACCCACCGUGACGUGCGCACUAUUGAGCUGGAAGUUCUAUGCCCAGAGAUGCUGCAUAUCGCACCGCCUGGACCAUCCCCACCACAGCCUGGAGAUUACCACCCGAAUGGAGCACCAACAAGUUCAUCACCGUAUGAGUUCUCUCCUCCCGGGGGCCCUGUACCACUUUCUGUGUUGAUUCUCAGUCUGCUGGUUCUAUUUUUCUCAGCGGUCUUUGUUGCUGCAGGCCUCUUUGCCUAUGUGCUCCGUCGCCGUAGGAAGAAGCUGCCCUUUAGAAGCAAGCGGCAGGAAGGUGUGGACCUUACAGGAAUCCAGAUGCAAUGUCACCGACUGUUCGAGGACACUGGGGGCAGUGGCGGUGGGAAUGGAGGUGGAGGUCGACCAACUCUGUCCUCUCCAGAGAAAGCCCCUCCCGUGGGUCACGUGUAUGAGUACAUCCCCCACCCAGUUACCCAGAUGUGCAACAACCCCAUCUACAAGCCUCGAGAGGAGGAAGAAGUGGCUGCCUCAGCAACCCAGGAAACAGGAGCUGCGGAACGUGGAUGUCCUGGAACGACGCAACCUCCAGGAAUGGGUGAGGUGCUCUUAGGAAGUGAGCAGUUUGCGGAAACACCCAAGGAGAAUCACAACAACUACCGGACCUUGCUGGAAAAGGAGAAGGAGUGGGCCCUGGCGGUUUCCAACUCCCAACUCAACACCAUAGUGACGGUGAACCAUCACCACCCUCAUCCUCACCACUCGGCAGUCGGUGGGGUCUCAGGGGUAGGUGGAGGGACUGGGGGAGACUUGGCUGGGUUCCGCCACCACGAGAAGAAUGGUGGGGUGGUGCUGUUUCCCCCUGGGGGAGGUUGUGUGGGUGGCAGUCUGUUACUAGACCGUGAGAGGCCACAGCCUGCUCCGUGCACAGUGGGAUUUGUGGACUGUCUCUAUGGCACAGUGCCCAAAUUAAAGGAACUCCAUGUCCACCCCCCUGGCAUGCAAUAUCCAGACUUACAGCAGGAUGCCAGGCUCAAAGAAACCCUUCUCUUCUCAGCUGGAAAGGGCUUCACAGACCACCAAACCCCCAAAAGUGAUUACCUCGACUUAAGGGCCAAACUUCAAACUAAGCCGGAUUACCUCGAAGUUCUGGAGAAGACAGCAUACAGAUUCUAACAGAGAGAAGAGAAUAAAAGGGUGGCUUGGUCUUGGUUUUCAAAAGAAAAGGAAAAUAAAGAAAUAUAUCCCCGGCUCCCAUUAUAUUUGUCCCGGUAACUCCACCUC